UACAAAACGCUGAUGACGCUUUGGUUGAUUCCUCUAUCGUCAGCAGAUUCAGAUAAUAUAUUUUGUGUCAGGUUUCGUUGAUGUGGUAUUGACGGACUUUGGCAUCAAAAUCCGAAUCUUUAAUAUAAAGUUAAGUGUCGUGACACCCUAGCUACAUAAUUUUUGCACAGUUAGCAAGUGUUGCAAAUCCUGGAGAGUUCGCUAGCUACAACACAUUCGAUAGAGGAUAAUGGCGAGUACGGAGGGGAGUAAACUGUGGGGGGGUCGGUUCGUUGGCGAUACGGACCCAAUCAUGGAGAUGUUCAACGCGUCUAUUGCCUACGACAAGCGAAUGUGGGACGCAGACAUCCGCGGUAGCAAGGCGUAUGUGAAAGCCCUGGAGAAAGCUGAGCUGGUCACUACAGAAGAGAUGGAAAAUAUCCUUCAUGGGAUGGAUCAGAUCCAUGAUGAGUGGUCCAAAGGUGUUUUUGAGGUCAAGCCUGGAGAUGAGGAUAUCCACACAGCAAAUGAGCGUAGGCUGAAGGAGUUGAUUGGUGAGCCAGCAGGGAAGUUACACACCGGCAGGAGCAGAAAUGACCAGGUGGUAACUGACAUGAGAUUGUGGUUGAGGGAUGCUAUCUCCACUCUGAAGAGAAACGCUCUCCAGCUCAUUACAACCAUGGUUGAGAGAGCAGCAGUAGAGAUGGAUGUCCUAUUUCCUGGGUACACCCACAUGCAGAGAGCUCAGCCAAUAAGAUGGAGCCAUUGGCUUCUGAGUCAUGCAGUGGCCCUGAGCAGGGAUUUGGAACGGCUACAUGAGAUCCGUAGACGAGUCAAUGUGCUCCCCUUGGGCAGUGGAGCGAUAGCAGGAACCCCGUUCAACAUUGACAGGGAGCUAUUACGUCAAGAGCUGGCCUUUGAUGACAUCAGCAUAAACAGCAUGGACGCCACAGGCCAGAGGGACUUUGUGGCUGAGUUCCUUUUCUGGGCGUCUCUGUGUCUGACUCACCUCAGUAAGAUGGCUGAGGACUUGAUGCUUUACAGCACCAAGGAGUUCUCUUUCCUUGUACUCUCUGAUGCAUACAGCACAGGCAGCAGUCUGAUGCCACAGAAGAAGAAUGCCGACAGCCUGGAGUUGAUCAGGAGUAAAGCAGGCCGUGUGUUUGGCAGAUGUGCAGGCUUUCUGAUGACCCUGAAGGGCCUACCCAGUACGUACAACAAAGAUCUCCAGGAGGAUAAAGAGGCCAUGUUUGACUGUUAUGACACUGUGCAUGCUGUGCUUCAGGUCACCACAGGUGUUCUGUCCACUAUAAAGAUCAACCGUGGUGUGAUGGAAGCAGCUCUUAGUCCUGACAUGCUGGCUACUGAUCUGGCCUACUACCUUGUCAGAAAGGGGGUGCCAUUCAGAGAGGCUCAUGGUAUCUCAGGUAAAGCUGUGUUUCUGGCUGAAUCUAAAAGCAUUCUCUUAAACCAACUGACUGUGGAGGAGCUACGCACUGCCAGCCCUCUGUUUUCCAGUGAUGUGUCUGCGGUGUGGGACUAUAGUAGCAGCGUGGAGCAGUACAGCGCCCCUGGUGGCACAGCCAAGAGUAGUGUUGCUGCCCAGGUGGAACACCUGAGAACCUGGCUGAAGAAACAGGCAUGGUGACAUAAAAUAUUAUAAGCAGGAGAACAAUUUAUAGGGAAUUUAAACAUCCCUCUGGAUGGUUCACAUAAAAUACUUGUGUGAACAUUAACUUAGAGUUUCCAUAUAGUCUCCCUUUGCCACAUUUCAUCUUUUGAAAAUGGCCCCCCAUUCGUUAAGAACCAAUGUUUGAUUUGUUUGACUACAGCAUUCUUUACAACAACACUUCCCAUUUCUCUCAAUUCAUUAUAUACUCAAGACAUAAAUGUCUUCUGUAUAGCUGCUGUGUUGCUCAGGCCAUUUAAAGUGCAUUUAAAAAACUAGUUUUAUAAACAGUAAAACUAUAAACAAUGUAUAUUUUGAUGCCAUGGUUACAGUUGUAUAUACAGCUCUGGAAAGAAUUAAGAGACCACUGCACUUUUUUCUUUCCUUUCCAAUAAA